ACCGUUCUAGCUAGUCAUGGCUAGCUUGCUGUUAACUCCGUGUAGGCCGAUAUUUUCCUGUCCAUCUGUCCAAUCAGAGUAUACUGACUGGGUGGAAGUUGAUCGCUACGUCCUCAUACAAAACUGACAGUCAAAGUUGUGAAGUGAAGAUUCUGUGGAGAAACGCACAACUUUAGCUACCUAGUUAAGUUUCUUUUAGCGAAGAAGAAGAUUUUGCGAGCAUGUCUCCAGGUGGUUGAAGGUGACCGAAGCGGUUAUGUUACGGUAUGGGAACAUAAUAUUACAUUGUACCUUUGUGCUGGGCUGUGGGUGUCAGACGCUGCUGUAUUCUUGAUUGACAGCAUCGACUAAAGUAACCUGUGUUACGUUUCUAGCAUGCCACGCAGGCAGCUAACUUCUCCAAAGAAAAGAAAACUUUGCCUUCAACUCAGAAGUGGCCAAUGCAGUAUGCUACUUUGACAUUUACAUAUUUUCACGUGGACUUCCUUUUUUUUAAACCCGAGAAUGAUUAAGAUUAGGAGAUACUUACGGGGGAGAGGGAGGGUACUCGCAUUUGUGUUCAUUGCAUCUGUCAUUUGGCUGCUGCUUGACAUGGCUGCUCUUCGCUUAUCAAUAAACGAUGUGAACAGUCAGCUGCUGAAGGAGCAAGUGGUAAGAGAAAGGGAGAUUUUCAAACAGCAGUCCAGGGUGACACAGGUGGUGAAAAGGGGGUUUAAACACCCAGUUCAGAGAGUGGACCUUACUGUGACAGAUGCUGGGAAAGGACAAUUCAGUUCGAGCAUCAAAUUAGCCCAAGUGUACAGACAGGGAGACAAGAAACAGGAUAACAUGUUGGGGAAUCACCAAGGUGAUAAUCUUCCCAAGACUGACCACCCCAAAUAUGUUUUUUCUGAACAUAACAAAGAAGCCGCUGUACAAAAUGUCACGCCAAAGCAGGAUGUUCCUGCCAAGAAAAAAGCAGUGAACUUAGAUUUUAUCGGGAUGAAAUCAGAGAACAGUAGAGUAAUAGAUGACUCUAUUAAAGUGGCGUUACCUGUAGUAGUGCCUAACAAAACCCAAGUGCAACCUGGUGUUCAGGACAACAAACAUGCUCCUUUACCAACCUCUAAAAAGGGACCCAUUAAAAAUGGAGAUGUGGCACAAAACGUUCUGGACAAAAUUGAUUCAAAAACAAAUGAAAAAGACAAGGAUGAACCUAAGACUGAAAUAAAAGUGAGUAAAUCUCAGGCCGAGGAGGUACACCCUGUUAAAACAGCAUUUAAACCUCCAAAUAAGGAUGUACAAGGAAAGGAGGUAGAUAAUGAAACAGAAGAGAAACAUGUUAGGACAAUCACCAAGAGUGACCUGAAGGCAGCGAAGGAAACCCUGAAACCUCCAAUCAAGCUCCAAGCAGGAGAGAAAUCGAAGGAUAACUCCUCUGCUGUCAGAAACCCAGGUGUCCACAAAGUGCUUUCUCUGGAUGUGACUAACGCUCCCAGAGAUGCCAACGCGAUGGGCCAGUUUGGUCAGGCAGCAGUUGUUGCCAGUAAUGAAGAUGCGGAGAUGAGGAAGAGAUGGAACGAAGGGCAUUUUAACGUCUACCUAAGCGACCAGAUCCCAGUGGACCGUGCCAUCCCAGACACAAGGCCUGACAUGUGUGCACAGAAUCUGGUCCAUGAUAACUUGCCUUCCACCAGUGUGAUUUUCUGUUUUGUGGAUGAAGUGUGGUCCACGCUCCUCCGCUCUGUGCACAGUGUGCUCAACAGAUCUCCGCCACACCUCCUCAAAGAGAUCAUUCUGGUGGAUGAUUUCAGCACAAAAGACUAUCUGAAGGAGGCACUAGAUACAUACAUGUCCCAGUUUCCCAAAGUGAGAAUUGUUCGUCUGAAGGAGCGUCAGGGCCUGAUCAGAGCCAGGCUGGCGGGAGCUGCUGUAGCCGAAGGUGAGGUUCUUACCUUCCUUGAUUCCCACAUUGAAUGUAACGUGGGUUGGUUGGAGCCACUGCUGGAAAGAGUCUAUCUGGAUCGCAAGAAGGUGCCCUGUCCAGUUAUUGAAGUCAUCAGCGAUAAGGACAUGAGUUAUAUGCUGGUUGACAACUUCCAAAGAGGUAUUUUCAAAUGGCCUUUGGUGUUUGGCUGGAGCCCAUUACCAGAAGACUACAUUAAGAAGAAUAACAUGACCAUCUCAGAUCCUAUUAGAUGUCCAGUUAUGGCGGGAGGCCUUUUCUCCAUAGACAAAAAGUACUUCUAUGAGCUUGGUGCCUAUGAUCCUGGUCUGGAUGUGUGGGGUGGGGAGAACAUGGAGAUUUCAUUUAAGAUCUGGAUGUGUGGAGGAGAAAUAGAGAUUAUUCCCUGCUCUCGAGUGGGACACAUCUUCCGAGGACAGAAUCCUUACAAGUUCCCCAAAGACAAGCAGAAGACAGUGGAGCGUAACCUGGCAAGGGUGGCCGAGGUCUGGCUGGAUGAGUACAAGGACCUUUUCUAUGGCCACGGCUACCACCACUUGCUGGAUAAAAAGACCAUUGACAUCGGCAACCUCACUGAGCAGAUUGAACUGAGGAAAAGGCUGCAAUGCCAGAGCUUCAAGUGGUACCUGGAUAAUGUGUAUCCAGAUAUGAAUGUUCAUUUAGUCAAAGCCGAGGGUCUGGUCUUUAAUCAUGGCGCAAGAAAAUGCCUGACUCUGCAGAAAGGCUCUCUGUCGUUUGAGAUGUGUGACCUCAGCAAGCAGAGUCAGCACUUUAAUUACACCUGGAUGAGGCACAUUCGCCAACAAGAUAUUUGCGUCACACCCCACAGCAAGGGCGGCGGCUUUGCUUUGGAAUUUUGUGACAACACCAAGCCUGAACAUCGCUGGUUCCACAAAUCAUCCAACUCCGCUCUGGCGGACCACCUCAUAGCAGAGUUUGUUUCCCACCACAUGUGCCUGGAGGCGGAUCCUCAGGGUGACACUCUUCUCCUCAGUCCAUGUGAAACCAGAAACACCUUUCAAAAGUGGCAGUUCACACACUACUACACUGAGUGAUGAGACUGAAACAUGUAAAACAUGCACUAUAGAGACCUUCAGUGGCCUCAUACUACAGUACAUUCUGUGGUCCAGAGUCAACACAUGGCUGUCCAGAGGAGGUGGGAAGCGCGUUGUUGGCCGUAACAUGCAGGGUAAAGCAGAGGGUGUGGGGAUGUGCAAUGCUUUCUAAUUUCCUUUUAUUAUAUCAGCCUGGAGUGACCUUCUGUUUUACACACUUGUGCCAGAGGAAUAAGGGCAUCCUCUCUCUGUUUGGAUAGAUUUGGACCGGAGUUUACUUAAGGGGUUCAGGUAAAUGUCUAUGGAAGAACACUUAAUUUCUAGCACAGCAUAUCAUCUCACUGCCAAAGAUAAACCGUGCCUCUUUAUAUAUGAGCUGUAAAAAGUAUUUUGUCUCUGCUGGGACUGAAUAAUAAUGAGUUUAAUUGCAUGUAAUGUAAAAUAUAUACAUUUGUAUUAAACAUAUGUACUUUUGAUGAGGCACAUGGGUGAAACAGCUGCUUCUGUGGUUUUUAAAUGCUGCGUUGUUAAGGUGUAGGUUUUGUCUAUUUGUGUGAAUAUCUUCUUGUCACUAGAGGGAAGUGUUGGUUCAAAACAUGCAAUAAACCUCUGCUGUGAUGACAUGGU